GACCAAGCCUUUGGUAAUUUCUGUAUCAAGCUUAAUAACUUUCUUAAUCUUCUUUUACCCUCAUCAAACAUACCACUGCCUAAAGGCAAACACAUUCAUCUUCAAGGGACUUAUGAAAUUACAGAGCACCAUUUCAUGCAUAUCAACUAUGAAUCAAUGGUUGAUUGGUGUCAGCACACAGACUACCUUCAUUGCAAUCCCCUUUUCUUUGGUUCUCUGCACUUCAACUGUGUCUUUAUUCAGCAGACAGAAAACAAGGUCAUUCUCAGCAGGCUGUUAUUCUGUUUUGAAUGCCUGGACAAGGACCUUAACCUUUUCAGAGUUCAAGCAAGACCACAAGCACAAGCCCAGUUCUAUUCUGUUAGAUCCAUCAUAUGUGGAGCAAUUCUUGUUCCAGAUGGACCUUCCAACUAUCUUGUAGUUGAUACUACAGAUACUGAUAUGUUUCUUCAUGUGAAGAUGAUGCACUUGGAGGCAGGCCAUAUUGUGCACAUUUGA